AUGGCAUUGCAAUUAGCUGACCAUUCAUGCAGAUACCCAAUGAAAAUAGUGGAAGAUGUGCCAGUUGAAGUGGGUGGAUGUAUAGUUCCUACAAAUUUCAUUAUCUUGGAUAUGGAGGAAGACCCCACGAUACCGAUCAUCCUAGGAAGACCAUUCCUUGCCACGGCUGGAGCCAUCAUCGAUGUAAAAAACCACAGUCUAUCCUUGGAGAUGGGCAAAGAAAAGAUCGAGUUUGAUUUAUCUGAUUCCUCCAUCUGUAACCCCUCUUCUCAGGGAAAUUCUCGCAAGAUCAGCAUACACAAAGUGGAGGAGUGCAAUUUCCAUGAGAGUUCCCCUCCAGCAAGCAACAAGAAAUAUAUUUGUCCUGCUCGAGCGAAACUGAAGACGCAAACUGGAGCAUUAACCCUAGGAGGAGGGUCGUCCUUCCACGGGUUUAGUCCGCAUUAA